AGUUUAAGAACAACAACAAUAAUAUUGAGAGCCACUAAGUGUCUUUAGAGUAUUUAAAGGCAACAGCCAGGAUAUUCUCCCAGACUGGUCUUACCAUAAAGUAUUAAACGCUGGAUGGAAACACAUCGCAACUUGUAGAAUGAAGGAAACUGGAUGGGAGCCAGAAAUGUCCACUGAAGAACAGUUGUUGGGUCCAUCAAACAGCUGUCAGUAUGAAUCUAUGCUGGACAUCUGCACCCUAGAUUUUGAUAUGGCUCCAGAAUACUUUUCUUCCUGGUCUUCUGAUGCUCAGUUUACACCAGACUUCCAGUUCCCUGUAAGUGAUGUUGAUGCAAACGAUAUUUUCCAGAGCCAAAGCUGCCUAACUCCUCAGGUAAAGGUCUACAGGCAAGCAGCCAACAUCAGGGAGAGGAGGCGAAUGUUGAGUAUCAAUUCUGCUUUUGAAGAAUUGCGAGGUAGAGUCCCAACUUUCCCCUAUGAGAAGAGAUUAUCCAAGAUUGAUACCUUGCGGCUGGCUAUUGCCUACAUAGCAUUGCUGAGUGACAUCCUGGCUUCUGGGACAGAUCCCAAGUCCUACCUGAAUGAGUUUAUGAAAAAAGGUGCACAUAGGUCAAAUGACAUCAUCUGGAACACAAGUGAUCUCACCGCUCGCCUGUCCUGGAUUAAAUGGGACUGAAGCAGUAGCAUCAAAGUCCUCUCAGGCCAGGUGCUGAAUUCUCACCAGCAAUAAGCCUGAGACUGGAGGCUCCUGAGAUUCCCAGGGCCUAGGCCACUAUGGGAAUGGCAUAGUAAACCGAUAUGUAUGUCAUGGCAACACAUCAUGUACCACUUGCAGAAAAAUGUAUUAGUACUGUAUUAAUUCUACACCUGUUUGAACAGUACAGACUUUCUAAAUUCUGGAAUUGUCUGUUAGAUGAAUAAAUGAUAAUAUAAUGUUAAACACAGAGGUCUAAAGCAAAUUCACUUAAAUAGAAAGAUAAUGGUUCUGUAUUUCUUAUAUUUACAAGUUUCUCAAAUAAAGUCUAUACAUU